GUCCCCCCUUCCCUCUUCGGACAUUCAGCUAUCCCCAACAGUGCUACCCGUGGACACUGCACCAUUCGUUCGACACUGCGCGCAAAGCAAAUAGCUAUCCACCAUCAUGAAGUCCGCUGCGCAGCUAUCCGCGGCCGCGCUGCUCCUCUCUGGAGCCGCCGAUGCCUUCUGGCGCAUGCCUUGCACUGCGCGAACCGGUCUUGCGCGAAUCGACCCUCUUGUCAACCCGGGACAAGUCUCGCCGCACAGCCACGUCAUUCACGGUGGAAAGAACUUCCAUUUGGACACGAACUACAAUGAUCUCGUCCAGUCCGAGUGCACCUCUUGCCGCGUUACCGAGGACAAGUCUGCCUACUGGACGCCUGCCCUCAACUUCAUCCAUGAGGAUGGCACGACCGAGGUCGUCCCUCAGAUUGGAGGCAUGCUCGCCUACUACCUGCUCUUCAAGAACGAGGGCGAGAAGAUCGAGGCCUUCCCCCCUGGAUUCCAGAUGCUGGCGGGUGACAACCGCCAGCGUAACUUCACCUUGUCCUUCCCAGACAUGGAGAAGUCGCUCUGGAGCCAGCACCCCGAAGAGACCACGCAGAAGAACCUGGGCUUGAAGGCUCUUGGUUUCAACUGCUUGAACUACGCCAUCAACCCCGAGCCGUCCAUGUACCGCCACUUCCUCCCGGACAAGAACUACAUGGACCAGCACUGCCCUCAGGGUAUCCGCGCCGAGAUCUUCUUCCCUUCCUGCUGGAAUGGCGAGCUUGACUCUCCCAAUCACAAGGAUCACGUGGCCUAUCCCGACCUGGUCAACGGCGGAAAGUGUCCCGAUUCGCAUCCCAGGCGCAUCCCUUCGCUCUUCUACGAGACCAUCUGGUUCACCAAUAAGUUCAACGGCAAGCCGGGACAGUUUGUCUUCUCCAACGGUGACCCUACCGGCUACGGCUACCACGCCGACUUCAUCAACGGCUGGGACCAGAAAUUCCUCCAGUCUGCCAUCGACCAGUGCGGUAACCCCUCGGGCAAGAUUGAAGACUGCCCCGUCUUCCAAGGCCACAUCCAAUCCGAAGCCGACACCGCCCAAUGUACCUUUGACGUGCCCGAAGUCCUCGCCAAGGAUAACUGCGACGGCCCCGCCGACGGCCUCUGCGGCAAUGUCCCCAUCCAAGCCGGCCCCGGCUACGCCACCGUGAUUGAACCGGGCAACGUCGAGAAGCCAACGGGCGGCUACAAGCCCCCGCACGUCACCGAGCAGCCCGCCGUCCCCACGCUGUCCUACGCGCCCGCAAGGUCCGCCGUCACCGACGAGUACGGCGGCGGCAUCUCCGUUGCGCGGGUCAACCACGCCAACGCUGGUAAAAACAACGGUGCUGCUGCUCCUGCUCCUACGCCAGCUCCCGAGGCUCUGCCCAACCAGUCCACGGGCAAGGGAAGCAUCAUUUCGACCUCGACGUUCACGAGCGCCGGCGUCGUGUACGAGGUUGUCAUCGAGGAGGUCCCCAUCUACGUGACUGUUGAUGCUCCGGAAAAGGAAGGCCAGGUUAAGAGACAUUAUAUGCAUCUUCGUAGGGAUAAGGAGCACGGGUUGCUGGGGAAGAGGCACUUCCAUUAGGGUGUAGAUCAGCUCUGCGCCUGGCUGAUGGGAUCCGAGGAGGUCUAGCUGCUAGGAGGGAAUCUUUCUAUUGAUCUUUUCUUUUCCUCAG